ACCGAUAUGUAAAUUCCUAGCAUCGAACUUGGUUAACAUUUCAUGAUCGCUCACUUUACAUCAGCGUUUGUUAUUUCUAAUACUGUUUUAUUUGUACAAAAUGAACUAAAUACAUUGGCCAAACAAUUAUGGCGAGACAUCGAGGGAAGGGCCAACUGAGAAAUAGGUAACAAAAAAUCUAAAUGAAACUCUCGUCAAGAGGUUCAAUUCUAUCCAGUGUGGAACGAGGUAUGUCUGUAAAAGAUUUAGGCUGGGUUGUUGUCGUUUUGAUGUCGGCAGGAAUGACCCUCUCACAGGUGCCAACAAUAAUGAUACUGCCAACUUUGCGUGACGAUCCCAUUAACACCAAGUUCGCCUGCGAGUACGGUGUCGCCACCAUUCUGUGUGACGAUAACCGCUUGAUUGAGAUAACUGAGAUUUUCUACGGACGCAAGAAGGAUCAUGGGGCCAUCUGCGUGAAAUCUGUUGAUAGUGAAAUAAUGGACUGUAAGAUGGACAGCCAGAAAACAAAGAACAGGCUAGCCAAGAUGAGAAGGGACUGUGAUGGCAAGCCUGCAUGUGCUUCGAUAGUCAGCGGGGAUUUCGGGGAUCCUGGCGACUGCCCGGGUGUGUCAAAGUACCUCCGUGUCAUCUACUAUUGUGUGAAACCUCCUACGACUCCGACCCCAACUCAGCUGUCUACAGAGGUACCGGAAGUGCAGGGUGGAGAAGCGUCCGGUGUGUCCGGCCCACGUACUUUAUGUCCGGACGGAUACGUGGAGGGAAUCGAACCAAAAGAAUGCAUCCUAGCACCCCUCCCCCCUAAGAAGUGCAAUCGUACCAAGGAGGAGGGGGGUGUGGUUUUCUAUAAAAGGAAGAGUGGAGGGCAGGGAACGACGGUCUCAAUGGCGAUUGUUACCAUGGUAAUGAUUGCAAUGGCAAUGUUCGUGUGAGAGUUUGCUUUCUUUCUGGACCUGAGAUAUACUUGGAAAACAAUUUAAUUACCUUUAAACAUUCAUGCUCCGUAUUGUGAACUAUUAUAAAGUGAAAACAAAAUUCGACCCUUACAACAAAAACUAGACGUUUUACGAUGUAAAAAAAAACACACUCGUUACCUGCUGAAGGUUUCCUGAUGUGCAUUUGGGAAGUUAGUAAUGCGCAUAUUAUUCCGAAAUAAGAACAGAAGAAGGGUGGGCGUGUCUAGAGAGAGACGCAGAGGUGGCCGUUCGCACUGACAACCUUUAUUAAAAUUACGAAAAGUCUGAAUCCGUUGUAUCGCGACGCCGCAUUUUCAUACCUCGAUUUGUUUUUGCCCUAUGGGAUUUUCUGUUCCGGUAGUCAAAUUAUGCUGAGCCAAUCAGAUUCUUCUCAACUCUCGCCUAGUACAGUUGCCUGGCUUUCUGUCGCGACACUGUCUGGUUUUCGAGGAUAGCCUGGGAAGUGCACAAAACGAGACUCUGAUUGGCUCAGAAUGGUUUUACUGACGGAACAGAAAACCAAAACAAACCGUGUUUUGAAAACGCGGGUCGCGAUACAACGGGAUCGACAGUAACUUCCCUGCCCCCCCCCCUCAAAAAAAAAAAAUCGAAGUCUAGAAAAUAUGUUACCAGUUGCAGCAAUGCGAUUAUUCGACAGAAGACCUCAGUAAGACAAACGUAUCCUGACAGAUGCAAGAAAACAAACCUACACUAAUCUUUGAAAUUAUUGACUGGCAGCUUAGUCCAUGGCUGUCUGGACUACUGUGGUUAUUACAAUGAAUAUAGGUCCUGUCCAGGCUAUUAUUUAAGCCGCAUUGUGAUGAUAAGCAGUUUACAAAUAUAAGCCAAGUGUUAUUAUGUUUAAAAUGUCUCUUUGGUUAUGAGGCGAAUUACAGACACUGAAGAUGGAAUCUA